CAGCUGACUUGUAAACGUUGCGGACUCGGAGAAAAAUUAUUUGUAGUGUUUUGCAAAGUGCAAAUUUUGUCUGAUUUUGACCUUUUUUUUCCACGUUUUUGCCCAGCAGGCUUUAUUUUGAGGGAAAAUAUUGAAACUGCUGCUUUGCAGCUUUGUAUUUUGUCUGAUUCUGAAGUAUUUUGAUCAUGACUACCGCCAUUAAAGGAUUGAAUUCUCUUGAAGAGUGGACAUCAGAAUGGGAUGCUUUGUCUGGCGAGAUAAAAACUUUCAAAGUAAGGUUGAGUUAUGUUUGUUUGGUGGAAUUUCUAUUUGGGUUUUUUAAGAGCUCAUGUGAUUUAAAUUAUGUUGGUUGAAUAGUAGUCUAACCUAUGGUUUUGUUAAUAGGGCGAUUUGCUAUUAAUGUUUUGUGUGGAAUGUAUAUUGCUUCAUUAUUUACCCUUGAUUAUGAAAUAUUUAUAUGAAUGCUCUUUGUUUGCAAUUAGGCCAAUGGAAGUGAGGUAUCAGUUUACCGUCACCUAAAAUUUCAAAAGUUGAUGCGGAUUUUUUUCAUUAUUCAUUAUUCAUUAUUUUUAACGAUUUGAAUUUGUCAAAUUUUGAGCUAAAAAUCCGAACAUCGACCCAAAAAAUCCAAGAAAAUUUUGACGAUUAUUGAGCUUUUUGCCAGCUUCUGAGCUAUCAGCUAUGUCUUUGACUCUGUUUUGCUGUGGCUUCGCUAUGCAGGCUAUGGCUUCGCUAACUGUAUAAACAAAGUCAGUAUUUGCCAAUAAUUUCAACAGAAAGCCAUUUUUGAAACACUUCCUAUACAAAUUUGACAAAUAAUGAAAACUUACUGAUGUUCUGAUAACCAAUGUUCUGAUAACCAAUAUUCAAGGACCGAUAUUGGCUGUACUGAUUACACAUACAGAUAACCGAUAUUCUAUUUUACUUUGAAAUUUGCAUAUGAUAAUCGAAGUGACUAGACUGCCGAAGUGACUAGACCGGCUGUUUAGUAAACUUCCGGUUAUAUAGUGACUAUAGUUAAAGUUGAAUUUUUAUAGGAUAAACCGAUUCCAACUCCAAACCCUUCUCUAACCCCUGACUGGAAAGUUUGGAAAUUGCGUGCCAGAGAUUUUGAAAAUUUAAUAGUAAAUAUAUCGAAAGCAUCAAAAUUGCUUGGCCAAUAUAUCUCCGCCGUGCGAUACAAACUUUUCACACUGGCUCUAACCCUUAGAACCCUGAACCCUAACAUUUUGAGAGUUAGAAAAGACAGAAAAGAAAUGUAAAACAUUUUAAGAAAAAAAAUGUUAAGUCGGACAAUAUGAAUCUGACUGUUUCACUUUCUGCACACAGCACCUUUACUGUAUACACUAACAGCAAGCUCGCUAAAAGCUUCUGCAAACAAGAGUUUUUAUAUUUAACUAUAAUCACUAUAUAGCCGGCAGUUUACUGAAGUGCCGGCUUUCUAGUCUCUUUGAAUGUACAUUGCUUCAUUGUCUACCCUCAAUUAUGAAAUAUUUAUGUGAGUGUUCUUUGUUUGCAUUAGUGAUGCACCAAAAUUUACCAAUAUUUCGAUAACUGAUAUUCAAGGGCCGAUAUUAGCUGAUGCUGAUUGCAGAUACUGAUAUUCGAUAGACAGAUAGAUAGAUGAUUUAAUAUCCUUGAUAGCAGUAUUACAGGGUGUUUAAUUUGAAUGUCUGAGUACAAAAGUGAACCCAUGAUAGGCUAUGGCCAGCUGCAUGGGUGUGUAAACACAAUUGAGUCGAAUUUUAUGCAUGCAUGUACUUUGAGUUUGCAUAUCAUUUACGUGUAACACAAUAAAAACUCUUCGCUCUGUGGUCAGUUGAAUCAUUUUUAUUCAAACUGAAAAAAAUUUAAACAUUUUUAAAACGUUUUAGUGAAUCACAUCAAUUACUUGAUUAUUAUACUGUCCUUGCUGUAAGAAGUUAAGUUGGACUGUUCUUACAUAACACUCUCUGUUGUGUACUAUAGUACAUAUCAACAUUAGACCUAGUUUCUCUUUGCCUUAUUUCUCCAACUCUUUCUGGGAGUAAAUGGUGCUCUGGUGAAGAUAAUUUUGUUAUUAAUUAAUUCCACACAGUGCUUCUCACAUCUUUAUCUUUAAUGUUUGCAUCGAUGUAUACAUAACUAAGUUUUAGACUUUGCCUUAGUUGUCCAUUGUCUUUAUGCUGAUGAACCUUUGUAAGAAAAUAAGUUCCAGCAGUGCCCUAUUGAAUAUUGUUUCUUCUGUGUGCAGGAUUCCUGCUAGGAUUUUGAGUAGGAGGCUUUUUGAAAGACGUCGGGGGGCAAUGUGGUGUUGAAAGUUUCACUCACCAAUGGAGGGGAUGUGAAGGAGUAUUCCUGUGAAGAUUUUGAAAUUUAGACACUCUAAAAUAAUAUUUCCAGCCAUUUUGGACAAUAGUUUUGGAGAUUUUGUUACUAUUAUCCAAAUAUUCAACUACAAAUAUUGUGUAAACUGUAUGUUAUAUAAAAGCUAGCCUGCAUAGCAGACAUUUAUUUGCCUAAAAGCAAGGAACCUUUCCGUUGCCAUUUCUGUGAUAACACAGAAAUUUUUUUUGGUUUUAAUUUUGAAAAAUAACCGGUGUUUGUCCAUGCUAUAGACGGCGAAAAUCGGUGGGAGACAGCUUGAAUUGGCAAUCCUGGUGUGAUUCAUACUGUACAUUUAACUGUGUGAUUUUCAAAAUACUAUAUUGAACGAGGCUCUGUUAGUCUGUUUCCCAUUUCCACUGAAGAAAAUUUUCCGCAGGAAAUUUGUAAAAUGCCAUUGGCCGACACAAAUUAGCCGAAUUCAUAUUAGAGACGGGAAACUCGUCUCAGACGGGAAACUCGUCUAAUAUGAAUCCGGGCGCAGACGAGUUUCCCGUCUGAACUUUCCCGUCUAACUUUCCCAUCUAAGCAGACGGGAAAGUUAGACAGGAAUCUCGUCUAGACGGGAAACUCGUCUUAAAUUCGAAUUUACCCGUCCCUAAAUUCAUACUCAGACGGGUUUUCGCAGACGAGUUUCCCGUCUAAGACGAGUUUCCCGUCCCUAAUAUGAAUUCGGCUAUUUUCUGUUGAAAAAAAUUUUGAAGUUGAAAAUUUAAAAUGAUAUUUUCGGAAAUUUUUCUGUCCAUGGAAAAUUUUCUUGAGGGAAAUGGGCCUUUAGGGUCAGUAUACAGGUCGCUUUAUAUGAUUUUCAAAAUUAGUAUUAUUUCCACUUGAAAAAACUAUGCCAUGUCACUUUCGAAACGCAACAUCGCAUUACAAAAAUGUGUUUGAUUGAAUGUAUUUGUUAUGGUAUUUCCCUCAACAGCAAACCAAAGUGGCAGAAUACAAUGAACUGAUGACACAAUGGCAGAAUGCUCAGGCAAACUGUUUGAAAGCAAUAACUCUGCAGAAGAAGAAAGUGGAAGCAUUUAAGAGCUCAUUGAAUAGGUAAUAUCACAAGGAAUUUUUAACCCAUUGAGUGGCAGCAUUUUCCCCUUGACAAGAAAAAUCGUCUGGUGUUAGACAGAGUAAAAUAAUGAAUUAGGGAGCAUCGGGGCACAAUUUGACUUAACGAGUUAACUAGACACAUGGGCAGAUAGUCUAAUUAAGCCAUUGGGCAGCAGUGCUUUCUCCUCGAUAAGUAAAAUUGUCUGGCAUUAGACAGAGUAAAAUAAUAAAAGUAGGGCACAUCAGGGUGCAAUGCCACUUAAAGGGUUAAUAAUUUUGUUUUGCCCGACAAAAAAGCGUGUGGCCGAAGUCAUGCUCAAUGGCCAAUUCAGGCGCUAAUUAAUAUUUCUUUUCACAAAAUUGUUGGCGAGUGGGGGGCGGGGGAAUUUUUGGACAUAUCAUUUUUCACUAACUUACCAAAAUUUGUACAAUUUUUCAGUAAUAUUUUCGGUAAUAUUUUUCGUUAAUUUAUCAAAAUUUUUCCUGCAAUUAUUACUUUUCAAAAAAUUAUGUGAAUUUUUUUGCUGAAUUACAUUUUUUUUUUUCCGACAAAACUGCAAUAAUAUUACAACAUUGGAGAGGAGGGUGUCACCCCCCCCCCCCCACAGGAGUUACGCCCCUGGUUAUUUUGUCUUCUGUUAUAGGGUUUCGAAAACUUGUAAUGAUGAUGAAACCAUUCAAGGACUUUACAAACAGGUUGAAGAAAAUGAGAAACAAAUCCAGGACAUGAGUAAAAACCUUCCUGUCAAUAUCGGGUAGGUUUAAUUCCUCGAAAGAUUAAAGCAGUGAAAAAAAUUUGAAAAGAAAUCUUGUGAGUAUUCAUGUAUUAAACGUUUGAGGUAACAAAGACUCUUCUUGUUGUUGUAGAUUAUUUCUAAGAUGUUGUCUAGGAGAUAUUGACUUGUCGCUGUACAAGCGAAAGUAAGUACUAUCCAGUGUGCAAUAUAACAAUUAGCCAUUUCCCAAAGUCCUGGGUCUAGUCUUUCGAAUCCCAUGUUGGAGGGACAAGAAAUAUGGCAGCACACAUUUAAAUUAAAUGUUUAAUGUAAAAAGGAGAUAUUUCAUUUUUGGUCGUCUAAAAAGUUGAUAUUUGAUAGCAGAUACUUCUACUCUUUCACAUAUUUGAUGCCUGUCACCAUAUAUUUUGUCCCUCCAAACAAUACCAGAAUGCACUCUGAUCUCUUUUGGGAAAAGGCUAAUUGAUUCUUGGCCAUUUUCGGAGUCCUUUAGCGUCGAUUUUAAAUUUAAUUUCAAGUACUCCUCUGACAUCCAUAGCUACAACACUCGAAACAAACAGAACAUACAUUUGGAAUGCGUCAAGAAGAACUGGGGGAAGCAGGCAUUCAGCUACCAUGCUGCCAACGACUGCAACAGUCUGUCUGUGGAACUCCGGAAUAUACAUCAAACUAAAACUUUUAAAACUAAACUAAAGAAACAUUUAUCUACAUAGGACACUCUACUGAACUGAUAGGAUGCGCUAUAGAACAUUGUACUAAAUACAUGUAACCUUUCAUAUAUUCACUUUUGUGUAUAGUUUUAUUUUUAAAAUUUUUUCAUCAGGGCUCCACUGAAAAUCACUUUUGUGAGUGGACCCCCUGACUAAAUAUUGUAAUUAUUAUUAUUUUUAAGCAAAACAUUGAUAUGGCAGUCUCCUGAUUGCUCAGUCAUGUUUUCAAUGCUAUAGUUUUCCAAAAAACAAAACAACCAAUUUCUUUUUGUUCUAUGGUGGAGACUUUUUACAUAUAGUUCACUUCUGUUUGUAUUAUUUUUUAGAUUGCAAUACAAGAACAAAUACGAGAAGUUCAAAUUGAUCAUGACGUUGAUAUCAUUCUUUUUUUCUCUCCUUGUUUUACUGGUUUUUAACCACAGGUAAUUUUGGACUUAUUGACUUGAACAAGCUUUGUUAACAACCUGUUGAGUGGCAGCACUCUCCCCUUGAUGAGAAAAAUGAUCUGGCAAAAGACAGCCUUGUGUUAGACAGAGUAUAAUAAUAAGCAGGGUGCCUUUUCGUGGGUAUAGCCAAUCAAAAUAAUCAGACCUGGAAAUAAUUCCAGCCUUUCUUGGAUCCUACGCUAAGAGGCAAAUAAUUUAUUUGAAAACACGAUGGUCAAAUUACAUUUAACAGGAUCUAAACAUUCAUUCGUACAGCUGUUAGACAAUAGCUGUGCUUUAACUGUUAACAAAAUCCAUUGAAUUGACUAAUUGAACAGGAUAAUCUUUUGUCUUUAGCUUUCGGCCAAGCCGUACGCAUAGGAUUGUACGCAUGUUGCUGAUGUUUGCAUAUCAAAUUAAGUCGUAAUAAAUGCUUAUAAGUUACGUAUAAGCAUUAAUUAAAACACGCCUUGCAAGAUGAAUACACAGAAUCACUGAACAAUCUGGCAUCUUCACUUCAUAAAAGCAAUAUAGAUGUAUACCUGUUUUCAUUUUCAAGAAAAUUUUAGCGUACGAAAAUUAAUUUAUACCGGUCUAGGUUUUUCGGAAUUUCCCACUCUUACCAGCCCAAAACUUUCUGCCAACUAAAGUUCAAAUUCCUUUCUUGGAAACCAAAAUAUUUUUUUGGAACGACGUUCCCUGGAUGUGGAUCCAUGAAAAUAAUAGUAAAUUCAGCAAUUGUUUGCACUCCUCCUUGACAGGUUGACAGAUGCUCUUUUCCAUGCGGUCCUUCUCUGGUACUAUAGUUCUCUCACUUUACAAGAACACAUUCUCUUGGUCAAUGGUUCAAGGUAGUAGAAUUACUAAUUGGUACCCCCUUGUACCCCCCCCUCCCCCCCCCCCACCACUCAAUGACUUGGUAUCUGAAUUUUUUUCAGGAUAAAAAAUUGGUGGAUUUUGCAUCAUUAUAUGUCUAUUCUACUUUCUGGAUUUCUAUUGAUUUGGUAAGAUGCCAGUUUGGAAUUUCUGCAGAUAAUAAAUUUUAUAUGAAACAUCAGUCUGGUCUAAGUGUGUAUUUAAUAUCUAUUUUAGGCCAGACGGAAUGAUAUAUCAAAUGUACAGAAACCAGUUCUUCUAUUUCAGUAUUUAUUUGAGUAAGUGGUAUUUCAAUGCGUGUGUGUUUUACCAUAGUCUUUCGAGACGUGGUCUGGAAACUCAGUAAACUUCAAAGCGGUUAUAAUGAGCUGUGUGUUUAUGUUGAGCCGUACCUUACACCGUGCACAUCCUUUGUUUUAGGUUUAUUAAUAUUUAAAUAGCGUGGUUGAAUGACUGAACUGAAACUUUGCUAUUGGAUGAUUCGUUCAUUAUACUGAAAAACAAUGUGUUCAUUGACCGUGCACCGUGCACAAAACUGCAUAAACGCGAACAAAAAGAUAAAACAAAUGUUUUAAGCGGAGUUUCCAAACCAUGUUUUGAAAGACUAUGAUUUUACAAAAUUCCAGGGGCGAAGCUGGUCAUAGCACCGGGUCAUGCUAUGCAAAUGUUUAAUGAUUUGCAUUCUUCAAACCUUUAGAAAUGUAUUGUGUUUAACCUAUUUAGAUGCAAGUUUAUUAGGCCAAAAAAAAAAUAUGUGGGUUUCCGGUUUCUUCUUAUGAAAACUUAGGUAGGGUAGGUCGGUUUUAACUUUUUUUUUUAAACUUUUUUUUUAUUUUUCCGAAUAAGCGGACGCGAUUUUGUUUAGUCAGUGCUUCCACAUCCAAAGAUAAAUUUCCCUAAUAUUGCCUCAAAUUUCAAUUUUCCACAAACUUUUUCCUCUAAGUGGAAACACUUACAAGCAUAAUCCAAUAAAAAAGUUUAGGGUCGGGAUUUCGACGUCCAAAAGCUAGGUAGGGUCGGGAGACCGGAAACACACAUAUUUUUUUUUUGGCCUUAGCAUAGCAUGACAUAUGGCACAGAAUAGAAAGGCACAGAAUAAGAAGGUACAGCAGAAGUGUAACUCAAGCAAGUAUUUGUCCGCGUUUUUACAAGCGAUUCGUCAUCAAUCACGCCAUCCUGGCUAGUACAACCGGCACUUUGCACCUGCCAAAACCUGAUAAAAACUUCCGGUUCUACUAGCCAGGAUUGGCGUGAGCGAGUUAAAAUUUUCGUGGACGUAAAACAAUAAGGGAACCGACUCGAGUUGUACUUCUGCUAUACCUUCUUAUUCUGUGAACAUGGCUAGCUUCGCUACUGCAAAAUUCAGAUUUUGGUUUCCGUAAAUUUUUUUUCAAAGAUGACAGAAAUGAAAGUUUCUUAUUUGUGUUUCAGGUUUCGUGCAGUUUUUGCAGUACAACUAUCAACAACGUGUGCUGUACAGGUUAAGAGCACUGGGUGCUAGUCGAACUAUGGAUGUCACUGUCGGUAGGUCUCGGGAGUUUUCGCAACCGUUCCACGUACUGUAAUAGGUAGGGGUGCACCGGAUUUCAAAUCCGGCCGGAAUUCCGGCCGGAUUUAACGAAUUUUCCGGCAUCCGGCUUCCGGCCGGAUUUAAAUUUCUGUUUUCACCUUAAAAAGUUCACCAACAAUGGGAUAAACCAUCAAUUUGGCAGCUUUAAAGUUUAAAAAAACACUUAUAUUAUUAUAAAAUAUUAAGUUAUUAAAAAAAAGAUGUUUAAAAAAGGUUUAAAUACAAUCAAAAAUCUAAACUGACACUAACUAAAAAUAGUAAAAAACAUAAACCGUCAUUUUGAAUACUGAUUUAUCCCAAACUGUCCCCAUUACUGGUUUAUCUCAAAUCCGGCCGGAAUUCCGGCCGGAAUUUUUGUCCAAAUCCGGUAAAUCCGGUUCCGGCCGAUUCGAAAAUUCCAAAUCCGGUGCACCCCUAGUAAUAGGGAGUUUACGAUCUGCUACGCGGCCGGCUCAACGACGCGGUCUAAAUUUUAGCUCAAGAAUGAGCGCUAAGCAAUUCGAUUACUGUAAUAAAUAUUUGACGCUUUCAAAUAACCUUUCAAAAUGCUACGUUCGGCUAAAGCGAUGCAAUGUUUGCUGUAAUUUCGACUUUUAGUAACACCUCUUGUGUCGCAUUAAGCUUUCGCGUUGUCAUGGGACCACAAAUUAUUGACAGUUUUUGUCUUGCAUGACAAAUUUCUUUGUAAGUUCUUUGUAGGUUUGCAUGGCGAUAAAACACAUCAUACUAUUGUUUGUGGAAACACCAAAUUUCUUUGUUUUGAAAGCGCGUCGUCGAGCCGGCCGCGUCGUAGAUCGUAAACUCCCUAACAAGUUGUUGAGUUGCACGACGAUAACAAGUUGUUGGAACAACAUGUAACAAAUCUUGUGAGUCGACAACCUUGUAGCAUGUUGUUGAAACAGCAGCUGCAAGUUUGUGAACAAGCAGUGCGAACGAACACAUCCUAACGACAAGUUGUUGAAACAGCACUGCUGCAAUUUUGCUACACAAAUUGUGUGUUUUUACUGCAUAGUUUCGACAUUUACCAAAGUUUGUUUUCUCCUGAUUUUUUCCUUUUUUAUAGACGGUCUUGACACAAAAAGAUCCAAGGGACUGGGAUUUAUUGUGCCAUUUUUAUGCGUCGGCUAUGUAAGUAAAAGAUCUCCUGUUGCCAGUGAAUGAAAAGCAUUUUAUUUCCAGUUGUAUAUUAUUCUAAUUUCAUCACUUGUUUUUAGUUCCUUCAGUUCUAUAAUGCUUACGUUCUAUAUCAUCUGGCUCAACACCCGAAAUGUGACUUGUGGCAGGUAUAAGAUUCUACAUCGACCAUCCUAGCUUUACCAGGGCUUCACCACAGAAUAGAGACUCUACAGAAGCCCGACUUAUUGGUUUUUCCUAUGAUUUUGGCGUAACCAUAAUUUGUCAUCAAAAUGCUGACGCCAUGGUCCUAUUAGCCUGCGAACAGGCUCUCAAGCUGAAUUGAGAGCCUGCAUCGAUGACUAAUGAAUUUGAAUAUCUGCGUCUCAAAUCGUGACGCGAAAUUCUCAUUGGUCAGAUGCUGUAAUUUAUAUGUUUCCGCUGAGCUCUAUGUAUGUCAACUGCUUGAAGCACUAUGCAUAAAGUCCAUAAAAAACACAUUAACUGAUCAAAUUGGUCUUGGCCGUCUUAUAUCAAAGCACGAAAUGUUCUGUUUUGAGAAAACAGUAUUUAAAACAUUUGAACUUUUGCUUGAACAUCUUAUAUUUCGAAAAACAGUAUAAACGGUACGGUCUAAAUUUAGUUUGCACGGUCUAAAUUUAGUUUGCAUGAAAGUUGUAAACAACACCAUAUAAGGAUAGACAUUCCAUAUUUGGAAAAACGAACGUUACGGGGCAGAUAUUCAAAUUCAUUAGUUAUCGAUGCAGGCUCUCAAUUCAGCUUGAGAGCCUGUUCGCAGGCUAUGGUCCUAUAGCCAGUGCGCUUAUGAGAGGCAGUCACCCCCCCUGAUAAUAUUCAAAACGGCGGACGCCUAGAGGGUGGAAUGAGCGCAUUGGCACAUAAUAAGGUACACAGAAGGCCGACUUCUUUGUUUUUCCUGUCAUUUUCCUAUGAUUUUGGCGUAACCCGUAAUUCGUCAUCAAAUGCUGACGCUAUGGUCGCAGCUAGUGCGCGUUUGAGAGGCAUUCACCCCCUGAUAUUAUUCAAAAUGGCUGACGUCCAUGGGGGGGAUGCCUCUCAAACGCGCACUGGCUAGGACCAUGGCGUCAGCAUUUUGAUGAUGAAUCAUGGCGUGGCAGCGGUUACUCGAGUCGACCUUCUGUGUGCCUUAUUCUGUGACACUGGCUAGGACCAUGGCGUCAGCAUUUUGAUGACGAAUCAUGGCAUGGCAGCGGCUAUACGCUUUUUUGGCUGAGUCAACCUUCUGUCUGUCUUUAUUCUGUGCCGUGGGGUUCGGAAAUUCAUUGCCAAGAUUCAAAUGACUUUUCCAAAUUGUGCUGAUAUUAAUUUGUGUCUGCAUUCCUAUUGUACUUAUUUCCACGCCAAACUGAACUCAAAGUCAUCGGACAUCACAAUACAUAUAUCCGAUCCAAACUCAGAGUCAUCGAAUAUUUUGCCAGACAGUUCUCUGACCGAUAUUUUAUUGUAAAGCCCUGGGCAAACUAGGAAACAUUGUUGCGGAAACAUUGUUUCCUACCAAUGUUUCGCCAUGUUUCCCAGAGUGGACUUCAAUGAUCUUACUAACCCUAAAAACAGCAUUCUACUAGGGAACAUUAGUGUUCUACAUAGGGAAACAUCAAAUGUUUCUGAAUUCGCCAGGAAACAUUUUUGCUUCUCGGGAAGCAAAUUUUGUUUCCGCAACAAUGUUUCCAAGGGUAGGCAAACGGGGAAAAAUUUGAGAAAAAUUCGAGAAUCAUAAAUGUUUCCACAACAAUGUUUCCUAGAUUGCCCAAGGCUUAAGGCUAACCUGCGUGGCAGGCUCUCUGGGUUUGGGGAGGGGGGAUUUCCAUUUUUCAUCGCCUCCCCCAAACCCAGAGAGCCUGUCACGCAUGCAGGCUAUUGUAAGGCCUGCAAUAGUAACACCCAAAAGACAAAAUGCCAUGUAUUCCUUUAUUUUCAACAGGUUCCGUGUUGUGCGUUUCUCUUCCUAAUUCUUGGCGGUGGUAAUCUCGUAACCUUAAUUUACGUCAUCAAACAAAAAGCAAAGGCGCAUCUUAAAUCUGCAUAAUUUUCUCCAUGCAAAAACAACCAGGUACCAGUGGCAGCCAAGUUCGGAUAUGCAAAUACGAAAAUUUGGGGUUAAAAGUUGUAUGUUUUACUUCGCUAUGAUAAUUUUUGUAGCAUUUUUUAAUUACAAAUGUUAAAAAUUACUUCCUCUUUCACGGGAUAAUUUAUUUCAAUAUAUAAUAUAAACAGAUUUGGUAAAUUUAUAGUGAUUGACCAAUCAUCUGAAUCAGGUGAUUUUUGCAUUAAAAAUCCCAAUUAUAUCUCCAAUUCUCAAACUCAUUAAUAAUUCAUGAGUGAAUUAGCCAACCAUAUUGCUUUAUUUUGCUCACAUGAUAAUACUGGAUACCUGAUGAAGUAUAUUGAUCCAGUCCUAGGACCAGGGAUGGAUUUACUGCACCCCCUAGUCCUGGGUGCAGGGGGGGUGUUAUUUUUCAUGAUAAAGCAAAACAUUAUUGGAGACAAAAUGAGAUACGGUAAUUUGAGUAAUAACAUGAUGAUAAGCGAACUGUGAACAACAAUUACAAUUCAAAUACAGUAGUCAAGCAAGACUUUGCAGUAGUCAAGCAAGUUGAUGGGCGGGCGGCACACAUGACCGACACAACUCGCACCAAACAGAGCACACCAGAUCAUGCUGGAUCCAUCCCUGCCUAGGACAGGAUGAAAAUUAAUUCAGUCCUUGGACUGGAUAAAAAAUAAUUCACCUGACUUUAAGUAGUGAUAUAUUCGUACGAGAUGUCAUUUCAAAUCCUCCAAUUCGGACUGGACUAGAUUUCAAGUCCUCGCAUAAAAUCCAGUCCUUGGCUUCGCGGACUUGAAAUCGAACCCAGUUUCGAUUAAACAGUCGGUGAUUUUUACUGGUGCGAUUGAUCAAUCCCUAUAAUUUCAUAUACGAAUAUUUACAAAAACACUUUAAUAUAUAAAUAUGUGUUAUACUUUAACAUUGUAUUAGUAGAUUUUACUUUGUACGAUUCUGUUCAAAAUAAGUCAAGAUUAUGUUCAUAAUCUUCCUGUACGAGGUGUGUAUCUGGUCCGGGGAAUGACCAGCCGUCACUAUGGUCUAUGUUAUGUUCUACUCCAAAUUCUCCUGAUAAUUUUAUAGCUUCGGCCAUGAUAUAGUCCACAGAUCUGUGGGAUAAAAAAUGUUUAUCAUAUUAUGAUCCAGGAAACUUUGAUAGCAUAAACCGUAGCCUAUCGAAGGGAAGAUGGCUGUGAAACUCAUUAGAAUAACAAUAUAACUUAUUAUCUAUGUUAGUCAAC